GUAACUUUCUUAGGAUAGCCUUCCGCUUGACGACAUAGUGCACGCAGCGCUCCUGCAUUUUGAAGACUACAGAUACAUUUCGCAACACUGUGCCUCGGAAUAUGGCAUUUCCGUAAUUUUAGCAAUCGGAAGACGAUAAAGUGUAUUUUUCUCGCUGUGAAAAUCCCCCGUCUUUCAAAGGCAUUUGAAAUCGGACACCGCUGGCAUUGAGGCCCUCACUUUUGUGCGGAGGGAUACAGUGUUGCGUCUGACAAUGUGGACGGAGGUGGUGAAGAUGUCUACGAGAAGAAUGAAAUCAUCUCAGUUGUAACAACAAAAAAGGAAGACGCGAGAUUAGUUAUUAUAAUAGAUUUGUUUGCACACAGACUUGUUACAUUGAAGCAAACACGUGGGCGCUGUGUGAAAAACAGGGUUACCGGGACAAAAGGAAGACAUCUACGGAGCUCCAAUGCGUUUCAUGCACUGAGGUCGAAAUUCUCUUGAAGUUUUAUGUUUUUCCCCUUGCGAGUCUCCGCUUUUCUUUUUACUGUUGGAUAUCAGACACUUGGCCAGGAGAGGGUUUAUUAGAGACUGAAGGGUAUGAGCGAACAGCAGCAAAGAAUGGCUGCAGUGGGAACUGACAAGGAACUCAACGACCUCCUGGAUUUCAGCGCGAUGUUUGCGCCUCCAGUUGCCAAUGGGAAGAACAGGACAAUGACACUCGCCAGCAGCCAGUUUAGUGGAUCAGCAAUAGAUGAGCGCAGCGGCUCGGGGUCUUGGGGCUCGGCAGAACAGAACAGCCCCUCUUUCAGCCAAGGACGGGGCUAUGCUGAAGGAUCCCACUUCAGUGAGCAUGAAGGCUUGUCCUCUCCAUUCAUCAGUUCAGGUAUCCCAGCAGGUAAAACUGAGCGGCCACCAUACCAGCCCUUUGGAAGCCAGCCUGGUUUUCUCCCAACUGACAUAGCAAUGCCCAGUCCUGAUGCCAUGUCCCCCUCUGGCCUGAAAUCAGGCUCCCAGUUUUAUCCGUCAUACCCCAACAACCCCAGGAGAAGGCCACCUGAGGGAAGUAUAGAAACCCAGCCAAAGAAGAUUCGGAAACCCCCUGGCCUGCCAUCCUCGGUGUAUGCCUCCACAUCUGGCGAUGAGUAUUCCAGAGACAAUGGAGGAUAUCCUGGUGCAAAGCCUGGAGCCGUCUACCCUGGCUCUUUCUAUAUGCAAGAAGACCCGUGGUCAUCUUCUGGCUACUCUGCCAUGCUGGGUAACUCUCCUCACAUUGGACAGCCAGGCUCCUUCUCUGCGAUUAACCCACAGGACAGGAUGAAGCGUCAACUCCUGCCUAUGUCCCCACAGAACUAUCCUCUGCACGGCAGCGAAGUCAACGGCUUCCACUCUGCCUCCACCACCUACAACCACACACCCGCCAUCAACGGAGAGGGAAUCAUGGCCAGCCGAGGCACCACAGCUGGCAGUUCAGGAGAUGAAAUUGGGAAGGCUCUUGCCUCGAUUUACCCGUCGGACCACAACAGUAAUAACUUUUCCUCGGCUCCCUCUACUCCUGGAUCCCCUCAGGCUAUUGCAGGAGCACAGUCUCAGUGGCAGAGACCCACCACACCCAACUAUGAAGGGCAACCACAUGCGCUGCAGAGUAAAAUGGAGGACCGUUUGGAGGAGGCCAUCCAUGUACUCCGCAGCCAUGCUGUGGGCCAGGGCCCGGGUUUAGAGGGCGCCCACUCUGACAUGCAGACUCUGCUGUCCGCAGUACACAAUGGGGGCCUCGGGAGCCUCGCUGCAGCUUUCCCCAAUGCCAGCCUUGCCCUCAGCAACAGACAUCCUGCUAUGGGAGGGAAACACGAGGAGCCCACUGGUCUUCCUCCCAGCAGCACUCUUCUGCACGGUCAUCAUGCAUCCGGACCCACACCGUCAGGACAACCAGAGGGCUUCACCAGUCUCCCUGGUGGUAUGCCUCGCUCUACACACUCCUCCAGCAGCUCAGACAUCAAGCGAGAAGACAAAGAUGAUGAUGAUGAUAAUUCAUCAAUUGCAGACAAAUCAGAUGAUGAAAAGAAGGAGGCCAAGCUGGCACGAAGUCGAAUAAGAAAGGAGGCGUUGACCCUCCAGAUGCUCUCUAGCCUUACAGACCAGAAAGAUGAUCCAGAAGAUGAAGAAGAUGAUGAGGACUUGCCACCUGAGGUGAAGCUGGAGCGUGAGAAGGAACGGCGAGUGGCUAACAAUGCCCGCGAGCGUCUCAGAGUAAGGGACAUCAACGAGGCAUUUAAGGAGCUUGGGAGGAUGUGCCAGCUGCACCUCAGCCAUGACAAACCUCAGACCAAACUUCUCAUCCUGCACCAAGCCGUCAAUGUCAUCCUCAAUUUAGAACAACAAGUCAGAGAGCGUAACCUUAACCCCAAGGCAGCAUGUUUAAAACGCCGAGAAGAGGAGAAGGUGUCCGGGGUCGUGGGUGAAGCACCCAUGCAGCUCUCAGGAGGUCAUCCUAGUAUGGGAGGAGACGGCCACAAUCCAGUUGGCCACAUGUAACACCAGAUCUGAUGGUGUUUCCUUGGCUGUCAGAGGAUGUGGCCUUAACAGAUUUCUUCCACCCAUUAUUCUCAGUGUGUGUGUGUAUAUGUGGACAUGUCUGUGUAUUGUCCGUUCAAGUUUCAAGAUGCACAUUCACACACUCGUACACACAUGCAUACUGCCAAAACUGACACAGCCUGUUUGUCACACUCCCAAACAUGACUACAAGCUCAAAUGUGAAGAACUUUUUUUAGUUUUGCUUUCUUUUAUACAUGUAAGGAUUUUCUUUUUCUUGGUUUCCACAAGAUGAUGGAACACCGGAGUACUUUUUUGUCCUGCCACAAAUUGGGACUUGACACACUGCCGAGAGGUGCUCUUGUGAAAGAAAGGAGACCUAAACAAACACAAAUUGAAUCAAGGAUUUGUGCCUAAUUGUUACAUAUUUUCUAUUUGACAUUUAAGCAAAUUGCUUUACAUGUGAGGAACAUUUAUUGUGAGGGAUUGCUUAUGUGUAUGAGCAAUUAUUUUUUAAUGUAUGUCAUUCCCAGCGUGAUGGUACAGUCUUACAUAUGUUAUGUAACCAAGCCCAUAGUUGAAGUUGAAUUGUCUAAAUUCAGUGACCUUGCCUUGAUCUUAUCAGCAGAUGUUUGGGGAAGAUUAAAUGUUUGACAGUCCAAAAGUAGCUAAAGAGAGGAGGAAACUCUGACUCUGACUGAAGCCAGGUCUCAUCCCACAAUGCAUCUUGAGGCCCAGGAAAAUAAGUUGUCUUUCUUUGAAGCUUAUUAAUUAAUCCAAGUGGAGUCUGUCAACAACAAAACUGUUCUUCCUUUUUGUUGACCACAAAUUUAAGACCCACUCCAGUAAGCCCCUAUUAUAGGUUCAGGAUUUUGUACUGCUUUAUGUAUUGGAGCGUACAGAGACAAGACAAAGCACAGAUGUAUUGGUUUCAUCUCGAAGUGAAGUGUUGACCUGUUGUGCAUUUCAGGCCCUAAAAGUCAUGUUUAAAAGCCAUUUGAGAAACACUUGCUAAGUGAUCAGCACCACUUAGUGCUCUUACUUGAAAUGGUUUUCUGACAAUGCCAGCAGACUUAACAGCUCAACUUUUUCCCCCAAGUCAGAAAACUCUGGGCUCCUUUUAAUGAAGGGAUCUCAUCAGUCCGCAGUUGUUCGAAGCAGACAAGCCUUUGUGUAACUAAGGCUUUCUUUUCCUAAAUUAGCAUUCCCACUGAAUUGCAGCCCCUCACCUUCCUCCUGAGUAAGUCUGUUCUCACGUUUCUUACUGCGAGAAGUGUGAUGUGUAAAUUCACUUCAUACAUCACUCUGUUUCAUUUUUCAAAAUUAAAUAUAUAUAAAAAUAUAUAUUUUUUGUUAGUCUAUACAUUGUAGAUUUUUUACAUAAAUGGCAAUAUUAGUUUGAAGUUUAGAGUGUAUUGUAGAUGAGCUGAAUAAGGGGAUAUUUGACAUUUAAAUGAACUUGUUCAAAAAUUAAUUCAAAUUUGAACUGAAUUGCAGAGGACUUGCAUCAUCAAAUGGAAAAGGAAAAAUGUUGAAAGUGUUUGGUGUAUUCUUUAUUCCAGUUUUAGUUGUAAUUCUUAUCAGCUACCCAGAUGAUUUUUUUUCUUUCCAUUUGGGGGUUUUCUGGAUGAAGUUUGUGCCACGGGCCGGUUGAAGCGUUCUUACUCUAGCGGUGAGGCACUGAGGAAAAAUGUGGGAAGGGAUUUUUGUCUCUUACGGUGAUUAUGCAACUGGGUUUUGAAUGUAGCUACCAUACAAAUGUGGAUCACCUUCAUUUUCAAAGUUGUGUUCCUGGUUUCUUUUCAGAACAGUAUAAUAGUUUCCAUAUCUAAGGUCUGCCCAAAACCAAGUGGCUCUCAGUGUGCAGCUCACUUUGUAGUAGCCUGCACAUUUACUAUGGAGGCAGAUGCUGGUAUUGGGUAAUAGAUAAUACAGAGAACAAAACAGUAUUAUUGUGAUGUUUUUCCCAUGUCAUGUCAUGUUGUGAAUGGUUUUAACCAACACGUAAUCACAAAUGGGAGGUAGAGCAUUUUGUGUUUAAUUUCUACAAAAAGAGAUGAAGAAAAAGACCUAUACAAAUCAAUAGUGUGGCCUUUUCAUUCUCAAGACUUAACAUGAUGGGAGAGUGAUACCUUAUCAGUGCCUGAACUUGUAUUUUUCAUUUAAGACAGUUUUAUUUUUGAACCAUAUCAUUUCAUUUAUCAUGGAGAUUAAAGAGGUACUUGUUCAUUCCCCCACCCUCCCUUCUCCUAACGCUUUUUCAAUUUUCAGGAAGAAGUUAAAAUGGUAUAAAGAGAUUUUCUUUCAGUGUAUCUAGUUAAAUAAAUAAAUGUUACGUAGAUCUUGUUUAGUUUUUAUUCCUUAUUUUCUAAUUAUACAACUGGAUUAUAUUGUCCAAACUGCUGUUUUAGUUAAGGUCAUGGGUCCAGGUCAUGAGUUUUCUUUCUCCAAACCUUUAUUGCUAAACAGUUGGCAUUGCAGGGUUCAAGUAGAUACUGCUUUUGGCUCUGAUUGUCUGCUUUUGAUGCACAUUAACAUGUUUCAGUGUAUGUGUUGCUUCAGUUUCAAUGUAGGGAGUGAGUUUUAUAUUUUUUUUGUCUUAGCUGGAGCCUCUAACAACUUGGAGCAUUUCACAUUUCUGUAUAUCAGAGUGCAAGCCCUUUGCUGCCGUGACUUUCAGUAUACUUAGUCUCCAGUGAGGAUUUUCUACUCUGACUUUGUCUCUUCCAGCUCUUUAAUGGCGUCGACAGUGACUUUUUGUAAGAAGUUCAGAUCACUUCUUUCAGAGUUGCAUUUGAAGUUUUACUUUAUAUUAUUACAAGACCACUUAGUGUACUGAAUAUUGAAGAUUUGUUCUAAGGGAAAGACUGACUUGAUGUCAUUUAGUAUUACAUAAACAUCCCAUUAGCCUACAACCUACAUACUCAUUAAGAAUUGUUUUGGGGGAACCUUAUUUCUUAACACAAUAAGUCAUGACAGACACAGUUUAGAAUCUGCAAAUAGCAAACCGACCACUGCAAAAAAACAUAAUGUUAACAAAAAAAUUACAUUAUUAUGAUGGAAAUGUUCAUUUGAUGGGUUUGAACUUGUUUUGGUAUAAGAAAGCAGUAAUAAACACAUGCUUUCAACAAUUUUGUCAUAUCUUUGUUGAAUUUAAAAAGGGGAGUCUAUUGAGUGUGAAACUCAUUCACAGGUAAAGAGCCUGACAUCAUGGCGCAAGGACACUGUUGACUUCUACAGCGUCCUCGGAGUGCCUCACUCAAUCUCUCUUUUUCUUUUUUAUAUAUAUAUAUAAAUAAUUAUAUAUAGUUGAGAACUGUCUUGUAUAUAACAGUAAUGUAGCAAUAAAUGUGCCAUUUUUAAUAACAGAUUAUACCUUUUCCAAUGUCUGGCUUUUGAAAUUGUAUACAUAAAAGGAGAAAUAAAGGAAAACAUUGUAAUAAAGGG